UAUACCCCAAGGACUUCUGCUCACUGAAAUUGGGAAUGGAUCAGAUUGAGAAACCAAAAGCCUAUUCUGAGAAAGGACUCUUGGAAAAGAUAAAGCUGUACCUUUCAAAGAAAACUCUACCAUCGCCCACUGACCGAAAGAAAUUUGACCAUGACUUUGCCAUCUCCACUUCCUUUCAUGGAGUCCAUAACAUUGUCUGGAACCGGAGCAGAACUCGCAAGGUGUUCUGGUUGCUGGUGGUCCUGGGCUCAGUGGGGCUGGUGGUCUGGCAGAUUUACAGCCGUCUGGUCAACUACUUCACUUGGCCCACCACAACAUCUGUAGAGGUUCAGUAUGUGGAAAAGAUAGCGUUCCCGGCUGUGACGUUUUGUAAUUUAAACAGGUUUCAAACAGAAGCCGCAGCCAAAUUUGGCAUUAUUUUUUUCUUAUGGAAUAUUGUAUCCAAAGUCCUUCAUCUUCAGGGAAUCCAAACUAAUUCCACAGGCUCUAAAGAAGCUAUUGAUUUUCUUGCAAGUCACCAAAACUUCAGCAUUGCAGAAUUUGUCAAGAAAAAUGGUUUUUAUCUCAACAGUAGCACUUUGUUAGAAUGCAACUUUUUUGGAAAGCCAUGUGGACCAAAGGAUUUUGCACAUAUCUUCACUGAAUACGGAAAUUGUUUUACUUUUAAUCAUGAUGAAAAUAUCCAAGCAAAUGAAAAAGUGAGUGUUUCUGGAAGAGGCUUAAGUUUGCUCUUCAAUGUCCAUCAGAAGGACUUUACUGAUGACCCAACCCUUGGCUUUGUCGAUUCUGGGAUCAUCUUUGUUAUCCAUUCACCAAUGACGGUGCCACAGUUUGAUGGCUUAGGUUUGUCUUCACCUGUGGGAACGCAUGCACGGGUAACCAUCCGCCAGGUGAAGACAGUCCAUCAGGAACAUCCUUGGGGAGAAUGUAACCCUCACCUGGAGCUUCAGAAUUUCAGGACCUACAGCAUCUCCGGCUGCUUGAAGGAAUGCAGAGCUUGGCACAUAGAGAAGCAGUGCGGGUGUCUACCUUUUCUGCUUCCUGGAAAUGGGGUAGAGUGUGACCUACAAAAGUUUUACAACUGUGUGUCUCCUAUACUUGACCACAUUGAAGUUAAGGGAUUAUGCACAAUGGGAACACACAAUUCUAGCUGCCCUGUUCCUUGUGAAGAAACAGAUUACCCUGCUACUGUUUCUUAUUCUACUUUUCCAAGUCAGAAAGCUUUGAAACAUCUUUCCAAGAAGUUGAAUCAAAGCCAGGAAUAUGUCAGGGAGAAUCUUGUGAACAUUGAAAUAAACUAUAGUGACUUAAACUAUAAGAUAACCCAGCAGCAAAAAGCAGUGAGUGUAUCUGAGUUACUUGCAGAUGUGGGCGGUCAGCUGGGCCUAUUUUGCGGGGCCAGUGUGAUAACAAUUAUAGAAAUUUUUGAGUAUAUAUUCACCAAUUUCUACUGGAUUUGCAUUUUGUUCUUGCUGAAGAUACCUGAGAUGACCCAAGGGGGUUCCUCACCUCAGAAACAUCUGGAGAAUAAAAACGGCAUUGAGGAAUGCUGAUGUCCACUUAGGACAAAAGCUUUGCUUUUCUCUUCACUGAACCUUCAGAUUUAUUCACGACUAGCUCACUGCUUUGUAAUCUUAUGUUAUAAUUCUGGAAAUUCAAUAAAAUUCAUUGUAGAUAUCUGUCUCUUUAUACAUACGUUUAUCUCUGUGUCUGCAUUUAUGUAUAAGUUCAUUGAUUUAUAUGUAAAUGAAACAGUCACUGUCUUUUUUUAAUCAUGAAAUUCCCAGCACCUAGAACAGAAGAGAUUAUAUAAUUGGCUUUUCAGAAAUAUUUUUUAAUGAAUGAAUGUUUGUUUAAUGGAAAAAGACAUUCUUUACGACUAACUCUGUAAAUUAGACCUGUUAAAUAAACUAUAU